UGGCGGUGGCGAUGGUGGCAGCAGCGGGGUUGGGGGUGCGGGUGAGGUGCGGGUGGAGGCGGGUCCGGGGAGUGGCAAAACCCGCACGCUGGUUGCCCGGGUGGUGGAGCUGGUGGAGGGGCGGGGGGUGAAGCCGGAGCACGUGACGGUGGUGACGUUUACAAGGAAGGCAGCCGACGAGCUGGUGUCCCGCCUACGCACCGCCCUGGGCCCCCGGGCCGCUGAGCGGGUGGCGGCGGGCACCUUCCACUCCCUCAGCGCCCGACUCUUAAGGACCCACUUCCACCACUUCCGCUCCCACUCCGCACCCAACUCCCGACUGGCCUCCCUGCCUCGGGACUUCCGAGUGCUGGAGGAGGAGGAGCGCAGUCGGCUGCUGCUGGAGGCUGUGCGGUGGGCGGAGGCGGGGUGGGGGCUGCCGCACGACCACACCCGGGUCAAGAGAGUGCGGGAGCUGGUGUCCUACCUGAAGAACCGCUCCGAGACCACAGCGGGUCUGAGCCGCCCUGCCCUGCUGGCCCUGCUGCGGCAGCUGGGGCGGCAGCAUCCGCAGCUGGGGG